UUCUACCACUGCCAUUUAGCCUCCAACAGUUUCGUCGUGUUUGACACAAGCCUGUCAUUGAGAACUGUAGGCUAUGUAAUAAAUUAGUGGGCUACAUUUGAUUACAUAAAAAAAAUAUAUAUAUACAGCCUAUGGGUUGUAGGCUAUAUGGAGGACGACUCGAUACCGGUCCAACAAGACACCAUCGUCUACAGUGAACAACAACAUACGGAUUAUGACGAAAAUGAUGAUUUUAACGACGACGACUGCGUUUUUUGUAUGAUCGCCAACGGCAUAAAUGAAAGCACAGAAAUUCUUAAAAAGGAUGCAGAACUUGUCUGUUUUCGCGACAUUAUCCCUGCUGCUCCGCAUCACUACCUGGUCGUGACGAGACUUCACAUUGUCAGCUGUCGCUCUCUCUGCACGGAGGAGCACGUGGAUCUCGUAGAGAGAAUGGCUGAGAUGGGCAGGUGUGUUCUGAAGGACAACAAUGUAACCGACCCGAAGGACGUCAGGAUGGGAUUCCACUGGCCUCCCUACAUCUCCAUCCCUCACCUCCACCUCCACGUCCUGGCGCCAGCCAGCCAAAUAUCUGAGCACAUGGCCCACAAGUACCUGCCCUGCACGGACAGGUUUACCACUGAGGACUGUCUUCGUGCCAGACUGAAAUCUGCUCUUGGGGUUGUCCAGCAGCGCAGGACCUACCAGAUACAGUAUUGUUGUUGUUGAGAAUAUGUUGAUGAAACAGAGGAAACAUAAUAUCAAUAACAGCUGAAUAGCUUAACCACAUCUUCUUUUAUAAUUGUUUUUGGUCUUGGGGGAUGGGUAUAGCUCAGUGGUAGAGCAUUUGACUGGAGAUCAAACAGUUAUAGGUUCAAAUCCCCCCUGUACAUGUUGUGUUAAACCAGGCGAUGGUAAUACCUCAGCUCUAAUGUACUUCCUGUCUUGAUAUGUCAUAUGUUUCUAACCUGAUUUGAUAUGUCAUAUUUUUCAUUUCUGGACAGUGAUCCUACCUCAGGGAGACUUAACCAUGAAAUCAAGUCAGAGUUGUUCAGCCCUUUAUAAGGACUGUCACAGCUGUCACGAGGGCUUUAAAUCACUGACUCUCUUUCUCUCUGGACUGGUUUCUCACUUUUAAAGAAUACAAUUUGUUAUUUGUACAAUUCUUUUUACUUUGAUUAAAACACAAGAGCAUUUCAAAUAUUAAUGUUUUGCUUAUAAGGUCAAGUUA